GCACCUCUCCUGCUGGCUCACUUGUUGAGAGCUAACUCGCCACCACAACAACCAUGACGGUGAAAAAAGGCCCCUCAACCGCGAAGGUCGCUUCGGCAGCUGAUACAACCCUGUGGGAACAGCUCCUAUCGCGAGGAGGUGGUCAGGCGCCUGCUGCCGCUGCUGUUACUACUGGUCCCGCUAGGCCCCACAGCGCGAGAAGACCUGCUGCCCCUGAGACAGCAGAGAAGGCGGCACCUCGUUCCGACAUGCUGCCCAAGAAGAAGCGCAAAGCUGUCGCCUCCGCAGAUACUAAAGGGGUGGGGAACUUGCACAAGAGCAACUGGGCCAUGCUUGCUGCAGGAGGUGCCGCCACCGCAACUGCUGCUGCGGUAUGCAAUGGGCACUCAACCACCGACAAGAGCAAGAAGAAGAAGGCGAAACAGCAGGGUAGCAAGCGACCGCGAGCCGAGAUCGGGUCGAGGAACAGCAACGGCAUGGCCACCACCACGCCCAAGUUCUUCUCUGUCAACCGGAAUACUGCCGUAUCCGGCGCCAGCACCACCGCCGGGGUCAGUGGCAAGGCCGGCAAGAAGCGUAAACGGACCACCGGCGCCGGCGCCGCCAUUGGCUCGCCCACCGCGAGUACCAACGGCCGUGCUCCCAACCACGUUACCGGAGGUAAGCAGGAGGAGCGCCCAGGGACGAACAAGAGCACCAAGCGGCCGCGCUCCAACGUCCUUAACCUCGCCUUCCAGGCACAAAAAGAAGAGGCUGCCGCCGCUGCCGCUGCCGCCGCCGCGGGCGGAGCGAAGCACCCCGGCGGAGUCAAGGGGCGAGGGAAAAGGGGUGGGUCUGAGCCGGCGUUGACGGCGGCAGAAAAGGCGCAGUACGUGGCGCUGGACUGCGAGAUGGUUGGCGUCGGGCCUGGGGGCUGCCGGAGCGCGCUCGCGCGAUGUUGCCUCGUGGACUGGGACGGGAACACCAUGUGA